AUUUCCGUGAUUGCUUAUUUUGAACUCGAUCCACUUCAAGUGAAACCAAGUUGGCCUGGAAAAGUUGCCUUUGAAGCCUGAACCGUCCUCAUCGAACUUAUUUUAGACGUGACCGUGUCGACCGGAAGUUCCUCUGUGAUGCGUCGUCAGUGGCCACUUGAUGGACGCCAGCUUUAUUGUCGAUAACCAGUCGCUUGUUUAAAGAUGUUGCGAGUGGCUCUGCAGGUCAGCUCCCUCCUGGUGGGACUCUCCGUUCUCCUGCCCGUGGUCACAUGUCUCCGCCACCAUGGUCUUCCUCUCAGACCGGAGCUGGGUUCAUCCAACCACUCGGCUGCGACAGAUGUGGUGGCAGAAGUGGCCCGUUACGCAGAUGCCGCCAAACAAAUCAUCGACCUGGCCGUGUUCGGCGCCGCUCGGAAUCGCUCGUACAGACGUCUGGCCGACUUCACCGACGCCAUCGGCCACCGCGUCAGCGGCUCGCAGAACCUGCAGCUGGCCAUCAAAUACAUGCAGAAGGCUUUGACGGAGGACGGGCUGGACGUGCACCUGGAGCCUGUCAAAAUUCCUCACUGGGUGAGAGGCAAGGAGAGCGCCGAGAUGAUUCUGCCUCGAGCCAAGAGUCUGGCCAUGCUGGGGCUCGGGGGCAGUGUUGGGACGCCGCCUGAAGGCAUCACGGCUGAUGUGCUGGUGGUUCAGUCCUUCGAGGAACUGAAGCGCAGAUCCAGUGAGGCCAAAGGGAAAAUCGUGGUCUACAACCAGCCGUUUGUCAGUUACGGGUUGACAGUGGCUUACCGAGAGUUUGGCGCCUCCGAAGCGUCGAAGGUCGGCGCUGUGGCUUCGCUCAUCCGAUCCGUCACGCCCUUCUCUAUCAACAGUCCCCACACAGGCUGGCAGGACUACCAGGCUGGAGUCAGGCGCAUCCCCACGGCUUGCAUCACAGUGGAGGACGCCGAGCUGAUGUGGCGGAUGGCUCAGAGGGGGCAGCGGAUCACUGUCCGGCUCACCAUGGCGGCACAGACGCUCCCAGACGCCGACUCUUUUAACACUGUGGCUGAGAUAAAGGGAUGGCAGCACCCGGAGCAGGUCGUCUUACUGAGCGGCCAUCUGGACAGUUGGGACGUGGGGCAGGGUGCGAUGGAUGAUGGAGGCGGAGUCAUGAUCACCUGGGAGGCUCUGUCACUCAUCAAAGAUCUAGGCCUGCGUCCGAGGAGAACCCUGAGAGCAGUGCUGUGGAGCGCCGAAGAACCCGGGGGCGUCGGAGCACAGCAGUAUUUUGAUCUGCACAAAGUUAACAUAUCCAACUUCGACGUCGUCAUGGAGUCUGACAUGGGGACGUUCAGCCCAGUUGCUCUGCAGUUCACAGGAAGUGACGCCGCACGAAAGGUGAUGGCAGAAGUGGUGAAGCUGCUGGCUCCCAUUAACAUGACCAGACUGGAGCCUCAUGGGGAAGGCACCGACAUCGCGCCGUGGAUCGUGGCAGGAGUCCCAGCCUCCAGCCUCCGAGUGGCUGACGAGCGAUAUUUUUGGUUCCACCACUCUGAAGGUGACACCAUGAGCGUCCAGGACCCCGGACAGAUGGACCUGUGCUCGGCAGUGUGGGCCGUGGUGGCGUUUGUGGUGGCUGACCUCCAGGACAUGCUGCCCAGACAAGUGGACUUCCUCCUAUGGCCCAGAUAAGGCACGUGAAGUGGACUGUCAGCGGCGGCGGUGGGAUGAAUGAGGCCGGGGCCAGAGAAUAAGAAGCUAGACGUGAAGAGCUUCAAUAGCAAUUCACUUGGUUGGUCACGCAGUCCUG